AUGAAGUCCAACCUAGAUGGCCUCGCGGACACCACCUUCCGGACCAUCACAACAGAUCUCCUCUACGCAGGCUCUAACGAUAUUCAGGGUAGUCCAUUCCAAGAAAAAAUGACUGCAGGAGAUAAUCCCCAAUUAAUUCCAUCAGACCAGAUAAAUAUCACAGAAUUUUACAACAACAAAUCUUUAUCCUCCUAUAAGGAUAAUGAGGAGAAUAUCCAAUGUGGAGAGAACUUCAUGGACAUGGAAUGCUUCAUGAUUCUAAAUCCUAGUCAGCAGCUGGCCAUUGCGGUGUUGUCCCUCACACUGGGCACUUUCACAGUCCUGGAGAACCUGUUGGUGCUGUGCGUCAUCCUUCACUCCCGCAGCCUCCGCUGUCGACCCUCCUAUCACUUUAUCGGUAGCCUGGCAGUGGCAGACCUCCUGGGGAGUGUCAUUUUUGUCUACAGUUUCGUUGACUUUCAUGUGUUCCAUAGGAAAGAUAGCCCAAAUGUAUUUUUGUUCAAAUUGGGUGGAGUAACAGCUUCCUUCACAGCCUCGGUUGGCAGUCUCUUCCUCACGGCCAUUGACAGAUAUAUAUCCAUUCACAGGCCACUUGCUUAUAAAAGGAUCGUCACCAGACCAAAAGCUGUCGUAGCAUUUUGUGUCAUGUGGACCAUCGCCAUCGUGAUUGCUGUGCUCCCCCUGCUAGGAUGGAAUUGUAAGAAGCUCCAGUCUGUUUGCUCAGACAUCUUUCCUCUUAUUGAUGAAACCUACUUGAUGUUCUGGAUUGGAGUCACUAGUGUUCUGCUUCUGUUCAUUGUGUACGCCUAUGUUUAUAUAUUAUGGAAAGCACAUAGCCACGCAGUCAGAAUGAUCCAACGCGGCACCCAAAAGAGCAUCAUUAUUCACACAUCAGAGGAUGGCAAGGUCCAGGUCACUAGACCUGACCAAACCCGCAUGGACAUCAGGUUAGCGAAAACCCUUGUCCUCAUUCUGGUGGUCCUGAUCAUAUGCUGGGGUCCGCUGCUUGCCAUCAUGGUCUAUGAUGUCUUUGGGAAAAUGAACAAACUCAUUAAGACAGUGUUCGCUUUCUGCAGUAUGCUCUGCCUACUGAAUUCUACCGUGAACCCUAUUAUAUAUGCUCUGAGGAGCAAGGACCUGAGGCAUGCUUUCCGGAGCAUGUUCCCUACUUGUGAAGGCACAGCACAGCCCCUCGAUAACAGUAUGGGGGAAUCCGACUGCCCGCACAAACAUGCAAAUAGUGCAGGCAACGUUCACAGGGCUGCUGAAAGUUGCAUCAAGAGUACAGUUAAGAUUGCCAAAGUAACCAUGUCUGUGUCUACGGAUACCUCGGCUGAGGCGUUGUGAGCUGAAGACUUCUCAGCCACAUUGGGAGAAAAGAAACUAGGCUUUUUUUGUUUGUUUG